AUGUCACCAGAACAGACAGCCAAAGUUAGCUUUUUCGUCAUCUCUGACACCCACGCUCUGCAGCCAGAUCCCGAUACGAUAUUCCGGAGCCCCUUCCCAACAUGUGAUGUUCUUGUUCACGCUGGCGACCUCUCUAAUGAGGGGACGCUCGUUGAAUAUGAACAGACGCUCAACUGGAUUAAGGCCUUCGAAGCAGAACUGAAGAUUGUUAUACCUGGAAACCACGACGUAACGCUUGAUCGGUCGUACGACAAUAAAGAUGAUUGUGUAUUGACCGUCGCCGCGCACGAGCUGUGGACCAACUCUGCGGCGAGAGAUGCAAAUAUAAUAUUCCUAAAGGAGACCACACGCACCUUCACUCUCAGCGGGGGCGCGCAGUUCAAGGUCCAUACAUCUCCGUAUCAGCCCGAAUUCCAUAACUUGGCCUUCAACUACCCUCACUUCGAGGAUCGCUAUAACCCGAAACCUACUUCACCUACGGAGACAGCCGUGCCUGGAGUCGCACCGAUUCCGGAGGGGAUAGAUAUCCUGAUCACACAUGGGCCUCCGGAGGAGAUCAAUGAUUUUGCGAAGCUGACCACAAAAGAUAACGUUGGGUGUGAGUGGUUACUUAAGGCGCUGAAGAGGGUGAAGCCGAGAGCGCAUUUCUUCGGUCAUAUCCAUGAAGGGUUUGGGGCAACCCGGGUGCGGUGGGAAGAAGACGGGGAAAUGACGAAAACCAUACUAGAGCCACCAAGUAUAAACGAGUUAAGGGAGAUAGCGUCCCGUAGGGAGGAUCCUACUGGGGAUCCUGGGAAUAUUAGAUGCGGGGGUGUGCUGAUUGAUAUGGAGCUACCGGUUGUAUGA